CCGCGCCGUCCUUUGUUUACAUGGGCCGGUGGCUGGCGGAGGCGGCGCCGCCGGGGGAGGGAGCGCUGCUGUGCUCUCCCCAGCUGUUUCCCGCCUUGUGAGACACACGCACACGCACACUCACACCCGCACACGCACCGCCCGGCCCCGCACGCCGCUCCCAGCCCGGCCCGGCGGCCGAGCAGCCCGGCAUGGAGUACUUCAUGGUGCCCGCCCCGAAGAUGCCCUCCCUGCAGCACUUCAGGAAAUCCGAGAAGGAGGUCAUCGGCGGGCUCUGCAGCUUGGCCAACAUCCCGUUGACUCCGGAGACCCAGCGGGACCAGGAGCGGCGGAUACGCAGGGAGAUCGCCAACAGCAACGAGCGAAGGCGGAUGCAGAGCAUCAACGCUGGUUUCCAGUCGCUGAAAACCCUCAUCCCGCACACGGACGGGGAGAAGCUCAGCAAGGCGGCCAUCCUCCAGCAGACGGCGGAGUACAUCUUCUCCCUGGAGCAGGAGAAGACCCGGCUACUGCAGCAGAACACCCAGCUCAAGCGGUUCAUCCAGGAGUUCAGCGGCUCCUCCCCGAAGCGGCGACGGGCGGAGGACAAAGACGAGGGCAUCGGCUCACCGGACAUUUGGGAGGACGAGAAGGCCGAGGACCUGCGGCGGGAGAUGAUCGAGCUCCGGCAGCAGCUGGACAAGGAGCGCUCGGUCCGCAUGAUGCUGGAGGAGCAGGUUCGCUCUCUGGAGGCCCACAUGUACCCCGAGAAGCUGAAGGUGAUUGCCCAGCAAGUGCAGCUCCAGCAGCAGCAGGAGCAGGUGAGGUUGCUGCACCAGGAGAAGCUAGAGCGCGAGCAGCAGAUCCGAACCCAGCUCCUGCCAGCACACGGUCCCCCAGCGCCCACCCACCAUCCCACUGUGAUCGUACCAGCACCACCUCCCUCCCAUCACGUCACCGUGGUCACCAUGGGCCCGUCCUCGGUCAUCAACACAGUCUCUACGUCCCGGCAAAACCUGGACACCAUCGUUCAGGCGAUCCAGCACAUCGAGGGGACGCAGGAGAAGCAGCUGCAGGAAGAGGAGCAGCGGCGUGCCGUUAUCGUGACGCCUGCGCGUGCCUGCCCCGAGCCCUCCGCCUCCGACACCGCCUCCGACACGGAGGGCAACGACAGUGACUCCAUGGACCAGAGCAAAGAAGACCCCUCGGGGGAAGGGGAACUGCCCUGACACCCCCCGGCCAGCAGCCGGGGUGGGGAGCGGGGCGAGGGAGGGAAACGUCAGAGAAUAUGCUGAAAUUUUUAAAAAAUACGAUGCGAUUUGGGUCUCUUUUAUGACCUUUUUCCAAUACUGUAAAUCAGAGCGCUAGAACCAGGCGACGUUCGCUGCUCAGUUCCCAGCGAGCGGGGAGCCGGGGGGGCUGGGGCGGGGGGGCGGCGGCGGGCACUCGAGGGGGGACAGAACUGGAACCGGGGCUCGGGGUGCAGCCGGGGUUUGGGCCGGGUGGGGGUCAGAGCCCCCCCAGCCCCCCGGUUUCAUCAAACUCGCCCCCCACCCACGGGAAAUCCUGCAGAACCAAAGCCGGUCCCGGCGUUCCCGCUGGCAAGCGGGCACCGUGCCGGCCGGAGCCGGGUUUCCCUCGGGACGCCGGGGCUGGGGGGGGGGAUGUCGGUUGGGAUUUUGAUUUCUUUCCACCUCUUUUUGUUUCGUUUUAAACUUUUCGUUUUUUUAAGCAGGGGGGGGCAGACUCCAAGCGACGCGGUUGCAGACACAGCACCGGUUCUCCCAGAGGGACGGGGACCCCGGCUCGGGGUGCGCCCACCCUGCCGCGGCUCCCAGUCCCCACAAGCAUCCUGCACUGUGCCGGGGCGAGGAUUCCCACCCACCCCGAGAGCAAACACCAGCGGGAUGCGGCUCGUCAGAGCACGGGCUGCCCGGCACGCCCAGCCCCGGCCCCGCCGCGGGGAUGGGGUUUUGGGGCUCCGUUUUUGGUGCCGGCCCUGUGGGGCUCCCCUUCCCUCUCCCCUCCCUCCUUUAAGCACUUAAUCCGGUUUGCGGGGUUCGUCAGGUGAGAAGAGCUUUUCUGUUUCGUGGUUGUGUCGCUUCUGUUUUUCAUUGUGGGCGGGGGGGCCCCACUUUUGUCCCGUCUCUGCCCCCUGCCUCUGCCCCCCCUCACCCCCCCGUUUGGCUGUAGGGUUUUAGGCCAGUCGUGUGUAGAGCCUUGUUGGUAUUUGGUAGGUUCCUCCCCAACCACAGCUGUUUCUCUCUCGGUUUCUUUCAUUUUUUUGUAUUUUUUUUUUACGAUUUUCAGGUCUUUGUGUUCAUUGAGAAGCUAUUAUAUUUUGUUAAGAAAGUGAAAAAAAAAAAGAGGCUUGUGCCUUUGUAAAGAAACAAAAUAAAGUUUGUACUUUGUUUUUUA